AAUAUCAUUUAUAUUAAUAUCAUAUAUUUCCGUCACGGCUACCGGUACAAGAUCUCAAGUUAAAAAAUAUAAUAAAAAAUUAUUACCAUAUACCAUUAUUACUAAUUCAUCAUCUCAUAUAAUUGCAACAACUAAUUCAAUUGUUAAUCAAACAUUUAAUACACAUACAAUGGCUGAUCAAACAUUAUUAGCAAAAGCUCGAAAAGCUCGAUUUGAUGAUUUACCAAAUUUUUCAGGACAUCCUUCUGAGGAUGUCGAACGAUUUUUAAAAUGUAUUAAAAAUAUUACAAAAGCCAAUGCUGAAUCAGAAAAUAAAGAAAUUCUUGAAAUUGUACGUGGUAAAUUAACCCAAUCAGCAGGCUUAUGGUUUGAUAACAAUGAACAUAAUUUUAAAAAAUGGUCAGAUUUCGAAGUUCAAUUUCGAAAUCGUUAUUUUUCAACAACAAUGAUUCAUAAAAAGUUUGAUCAAUUGAAGCAACGACAACAAUUACAUAAUGAACCUGUUACUGCUUAUAUUGAUGAUGUCAUUAAUUUAUGUCGUGAAAUUGAUCUAACUAUGUCAGAUUCAAGUAUUAUUCAACAUCUGAUGAGUGGUAUUAAUCCUGAUUUUAAAAAAGAAAUUUCUCGGCAUGAAUCAUGUUUAUAUAACUUAAAUGAAUUUUUAAAAUAUGCCAAAAUUGAACAAGAUUUACAUGAUACAUUUGAUAAAUCUCAACAAUUAUCAUUCGAAUAUACACAACAAAAUGUUUUAAAUAAUUAUCGACCAUUUACUUCAGUUACAACCACAGUUAAACAACCUAGACAACAAUUUCAAUUUAUGAAACAAAACAAAUUUUUAUCACAUACAUUACCCACACAGAGCUCCGCUAUUAAUCGGAACUCGAACUAUCAACCAGCCCUUCAAUCAACAUAUGUACCUGACAAACAAAUUUAUACUAAUUCACAAGAAAAGAUAUUCACGAAUAAAUAUACUAAUCAUCCACCAGCCUCACAACAACAACAUGAUUAUUGUAAAUUGUACAAUGUCUCCACAUUUUCAAUAACUGGGUCACAUGAUGGCGGUGUUCCCAGUCAAUGUAUUCAGCCAUCAACAACAACAUCUUCUCCCGUUUAUAUCAAGAUUCGUGUUAACAAUCAACCAACUGAAGCAAUUGUUGAUACCGGUUCCGCCAUCUCAAUCAUUCAUUCAAAUUUUCUUAAAACUAUUCAUCAUGAACAUUUUAUUUAUAACAAUUAUAUAUGUCAAACAGCAAAUUCAACACCACUUAAUAUAAUCGGUCAAAUUAAAUUAGAACUCAGACUUAAAUCAACAACAACAUACGUCAUUGCUCAUGUGGCAACAAAUCUAAUUACAUCCGUAUUAUUAGGUAAUGACUGGAUUAAUUCAAAUCAUGUUCAUCUAUUUGGUGAUCAACAACAACUGACUAUUCCUGAUCAACAUGAUCAAUUAAUAUCGAUUUCAUACGUAGCACCUACAUCUAUUAACUAUCCAGCAUUAUUAAUUGAUCAAAUUACUCUUCCACCAUACUCACAAAUAUUAGUUGAUAUUUCAUGUGAAAUUAAUAAUGAUCAUAAUCUGAUAUUUGAACCAUAUUCAAACUAUGCCUCAAAAUUUAUUUUUAUACCACAUACAUUAUUAAAUAUCAACAAUCAUAAAGCUAAAAUAUUACUAAUCAAUGCUCAGAAUCAACAAACAAUAUUACCAAGAAAUACACGAAUCGGAACUCUUUCUCGUCCCUCAACUU